CCUGGGGUCGAGGCGUCCGUGUCUAAUUGCCCUGCUGCCGCGUCCUUAGCCUCCCGGGUCUCGACCAUCUGACUCUACCGGGAGUUUGUUUGCCACCGUCGCCUCCCCUGGGCUAGGACUAUGUCGCGUAGCUGCCGUCUUCAUCUCUCCCUCGUCACCCAGGGCUCGGCCUUUGCUUUGCUCUGUCUCUUACUGGGAACCCUUGAGAUCGAUGCAUUGAAUCUCACCCUGAACAACUCUCACAAUGCCACUUGCCUGCAUGCCCAAUGGCAGAUGAAUUUCACAAUAGACUAUGAAACUGUAAACCAUGGCCUUAAAAAUGUAACAAUUCAGGUCCCCAGCAACGCAUCGUAUAGUGGAAGUGAUUGCGGUACUAAUGACAAUGUCUCCCAAAUUAAAGUCCAGUUUGGAUCGGGUUUCUUUUGGAAUGUGAACUUUACCAGAGAGAAUUCUGCUUAUUUCAUUGACAUCAUCUCCUUUUCCUAUGACACCAGCGAUAAUGACACUUUUCCUGAUGCCAAAGAGAAAGGAAAAGUUAGCACCAGUUUUGAGGUCAACACAAUUGGGGUCCCGUUGGAUGAAUUCUUCAGAUGCCGUAGCGUCAUGACAGUAACAGAAGGAAAUGUCACCCACAACUAUUGGGAUAUCCUUGUACAAGCUUUUAUCCAGAACAACACAGUCAGCACCAAAGAGUUCACGUGUGAUGAAGAUGAGUCAAUUGUAUCAACAACCACCCUUACUACGGUGCCUGUUCCUACUUCAAAACCCAUCCCUAAAGAAAGACCCCACCCUGGUACCUAUUCUGUUAAAAAUGGGAGUGCUAUUUGUCUCUUGGCUACUAUGGGGCUGCAGCUGAACAUCACCAAAGAUAAGGUUACUUCACUUUUGAACAUUAACCCCAAUACGACGGAUUAUGGUGGCAAGUGUCUUAAGGAAUCAGCCACGUUUUGGUUGAAUGACAGCAACGAGCACCUUGAAUUUCUCUUUGCUAUAAAAAAUGGCAACCGGUUCUAUCUGAAAGGGGUGAAUGUCAGCUUGACUUUUGUAAACAGUUCUGAUUUCGUUGCUGCGAAUAACAACCUUAACUGUUGGGAUGCCCCAAUAGGAAGUUCUUACAUGUGCAACAAAGAGGAUACUAUUGCAGUUUCUGACACAUUUCAAAUAAAUACUUUUGAUCUAAGGGUGCAGCCUUUCAAUGUGGUGGAAGGAAAGUAUUCUACAGCCCAAGAAUGCUUUGCUGACUCUGACCUGAACUUUCUUAUUCCAAUCGCAGUGGGUGUGGCCCUUGGCUUCCUUAUAAUUCUUGUCUUUAUCUCCUAUGUAAUUGGAAGAAGGAAAAGCCACACUGGCUAUCAGUCUGUGUAAUCACUUCAUCCUUCAUUGGCUUUCAUUUCUAACCAACCAAAGUAAUGUGUUUGCUACAUAGUUCAGUAGUUUGUUGUUGUUGCUGUUGUUUUUUAGUCAAAAUUUCUUCCCCACCAUGAGCUACUAGCCAGCUUUAGUAUAAGUGAGCCUUGUCCAAAAGCAGAUGGGUUCUUUCUGUCCAAGCUGGAAUGUAAUUACAGAAUGAAAGAUUUACUCCUUAAAAUAUUGUCUUGUACGGAUCUUGCGGAUGGAUGUGUUCUCCAGUAUUGCAGAGCCCAAACGCAUGACUCUCGGCCAAUCUAAAGAGGGUCCACCCAACGCGCUGGGGGCCUUCUGGCCGUCGACAUUAGGCAACACCAUCACUUAUCCCUCGUUCUUGCUGGAUACUCAGCCCACCUCCUUUUCCAAUCCUCCAUCUGUUUCAUUUUCUCUUUUUCCCAGCUUUGUGCAUGGAAUUCGACGCUCACAAUGUGCUGUGGCCCAUUUAUACCCACUCUGUGUCUGUCUCUCCAUUCCCCUUUGGUUGACCCUCAAUUCUGAUUCCUUGGAAAUUGAUUGAUUACGUGCUUCACUAUCAUAGCGCAUUGGUAUUAAGAAGAUGGGGUUUCAUUUCAGGGAGAAGCUUGGAGUCAGUGAAAGCUGGCACAAUUCCCCAAAUUUGAUCCAGGGGCUUAAUUGCAGAUUUAAGCUCUUAAGUCAGUUUCUCAGCAGGCGUUUUAUUAAGCACUUACUAUGUGCCAGGCAAUGGUGCUAGGCUAGUGAUGCAAAGAAAGGCAAACAAACCAGUCUG